GGGUCCCGGCUUAGAGGUCCCGCGCCCAGCGGUGUGUGAUAAGCCGUGAGGGCGCCGGGCCGGGCGAGCGAGCGGGCGGCCAGGGCCGGAGCCGCGGGGUCAGUGAUGCCCGGGUCGGGGACCGAGGGCGGAUCCGCCGACGGGCCCCAGGCGGCAGCGGCUGCGGCCCGGAAGGCGUUGGCGUUUCGGCGGGGUUUGACAGAGUCGGCCUGAACCAGCAUGUCCGGGACUGCGGAAGCAGUCCUUGGAGGCCGUGGCAGCCAGCCAGCUGGGGGCAGCCCUGUGCUAUGCUUUGGUCAGUACCAGUACACAGUGGAAGAACACCAGGCCAUCCAGAACGCCCUGAGGCAGAGGCUGGGCCCAGAGUACAUCAGUAGCCGCAUGGCUGGAGGAGGCCAGAAGGUGUGUUACAUCGAGGGUCACAGGGUCAUUAAUCUGGCCAAUGAGAUGUUUGGCUACAAUGGCUGGGCGCACUCCAUCACUCAGCAGAACGUGGAUUUUGUUGACCUUAACAAUGGCAAGUUCUACGUGGGCGUCUGUGCGUUUGUGCGAGUCCAGCUGAAGGAUGGCUCGUAUCAUGAAGAUGUGGGCUAUGGUGUCAGCGAAGGCCUCAAGUCAAAAGCCUUGUCCUUGGAAAAGGCCAGGAAGGAGGCAGUAACAGAUGGGCUGAAGCGGGCGCUGAGAAGUUUUGGGAACGCACUCGGAAACUGUAUUCUGGACAAAGACUAUCUGAGGUCACUGAACAAGCUUCCACACCAGCCGCCUCUUGAAGUGGAUUUAACUAAUGCAAAGAGACAAGAUUUUGAACCAUCUAUUGAACAAGCCAGAUACAGCAGCUGCCAGCAGAAUGCGACCCUGGAGCCCCCUAAAGCCCAGGAGGUGACCUCUCCAUGCAGACGGAGCCACUUGGCUGGACCCCACACCGUGACGCAGGGGGCCACGGAGAGCAGCUCCCGAAGCCUGGCCCCCGGCACCGCGGAGAGCGAAGCCACGCUCCAGCGGAAGCUCCGGCAGCAGCAGCUGCAGCAGCAGUUCCGGAAACAGAUGGAGAGACAGCAGCAGGCUGCCACCUCUGCUCUGUCCACUGGAAGGACGGACCAGGCACAGCCGCCACCGGUGCCUCCUACCAAGCCCAGCCUCCCCGGGACCCGCUCACCUUCAGAGCCACUCACCCAGACAGACCUGCUCCCAGACAGUCUUGAAAUGUGGGACAUGGCUAUGGAUGCAGAGGACAGCGUGCUCAAGACCUUUUCGAAACCAGAACCACCGCAGACCCCUGCCAUCUCGGUCCUGAAGAACCACAUGGAGACCCAGAACAGGAUCCCACCAAGCCUUUGCCACCAGAAUCCACAGGCACAAUCUGGACCCUGGCACCUCCAAACUUCCAGCCUUAACCAAGACACCACAGGGAACUGUGACUCCUCUAGGAAGAAUCAGGACAUGAAGAAAAGGAAACUGGACCCACCUUAACCACGGCUCAGGGCACCUCCUGAACUCUGUCCUGAUGGGACUUCGUUUUGGUCAUGAAAUGACUGGUCCUGCCUGAGGAGUGCGCUCUGCCUCAGGGCUCUACCUGCUUCAUCCUGAACUCUGCUGGAGCACUCAGCACCUGCUCACGUCAAGUCGGGCAUUUGGGAAGCUCUGUAGAGACUCGGUGCCUUUUCUUGGGCUCCUCACUCUUUAUUCCUAAGCCAUUGUGUUAAUGAAGACAGAAAUCACCUCGGCCUGUGGUGCGUCCCUGAGUGACCGCUGACCUCUUGCUGUGGGGGCCCCCGUUUUCUAACGCUGCCACGCAAGAUUGCAGUCUUCAUCACUAUUGUUCAUCGGCUCAUGAAACUACUUCCCUUUUCUCCUAAGACCAAAGAAAAGGUAUUUUUAAGAAAGCAAAAUUAAAUCCUACCCUGUAACAAUAUAACAGGCAUGCCUCUUCUUACUGCACUUCACAUUUUUUUAAAAAAACAAACGGAAGGUUUUUGGCCAUCCCGUGUCAAGCAUUUUAAAGAUUUAUUUUUUUAAGAUUUGGCCACCCCGUGUCGAGCAUGUUAAAGAUUUAUUUUUUUAAGAUACAGUGCUAGUGCACAUUUCAACCAGUGUCCUGUGAACAGUGUUCAUGUGUAUCCGGAAACCAAAACUGAUGGAAGCAGCCGUUUACAGUUACAGUCCAGAGGCAGCUGGAGCCCAGGCCUGCCUGUGAUGUGGUGCCCGGGACAAGGAGCCCCGGCAGGAGGCCUCAGCCACCCCAGCACCCCCGACCCCUCACCUGAGCUGCGGAAAUUUUUCUUCUGCUUUUGGUUGUCGUCACCACUAUCCUCCUUGUCUGCAGCAUCUUAGUUAAGGUCAGAAUCACUGUUUGAAAAAGUUUCUGGAGAUAGGAACCCAGUUAUACACUGCACACAAGUUGUAUCAGAGCUAAUGUGAUCAUGAAAAGGCACCUGGUGAAAAUGAAUCCCCACAGCUCAACAAAACCAAGUUUGGUUUAUCUGAGUGGCUUCAUCACAUGUCCACAAGCAGGAAGUGCAACCCACAGUGCCAAACACAGGAGUGACGGCUGCCAAGAAUCCCCAAGGUUUGAAUUCAGUUUAUUUUUUUUUAACCAGUGUACAUUGUUAAAUAAUGUAAGGAAAACAUUUAUAAUUCAGAAAGAUUUUUUUAAUGUGGAAAAAGAUACUCAAAGUAUACUAUUAACACGAAAAUAAUUUAAACAGUUCAGUAGCACUGGUUCAUUCCUCUAGGCUUCAGUUAUUUCAUCCACAGGAGGGAAAAAAAUCAACAGGAAAUAAAACCAGUUCUUUCUUGCCAUGUGAGUGAAGAGACCUCAAAAUCAUUAAACCAAAGUGACAGGACAGUCGCGCUGCACCUGGCUCCCUCCUUUGGCACGAAGUCCCGUCUCCUCUGUCCGCGUGUCCGUUUCCCAUUUCCUCGGCACUACUCGUUCUGUCUUUACUCUUACCAUUUCUCGAGGAUUACAGGCAGAGAAGAAGUAAAGUUUCAAAGCAAAGCUUGGAGCACCUGCCCUUCUCAUCUCUUACCUUCCUAAAAACCUCAGCUUUUAUUUGCAUCUUUGGGGCCUUGGCUGACUUACUAAAGAAAACGGCCCAUGAAGGACAGGACAGCCAGGCCCUUCCUGUCAUGGGAGAUUCCUGGGAUGGGCCACUGACGUGGCUCAGAGUCGAGAGAAGCAGCACCCCAAGAUUAGGAGUCCUAGCUUCUUGCCCCAUCUUCUGGGAGAACAGAGACCCCCAAAACAGGCAAUGGGAGAGGAUUUCCUGAAGUUUCUGAAAGUAAGAGAACUGCCCAUCACAACUAGGCAUAGCACUAAAUAAUACUGGCUGGUCGCAGUUAUUACUUGAGGGGAGUCUCUCUUUAUAUGAGAAUAUCCACUUUUAUUCUAGCAACAAAGGUAGCCAGGGGAUUAUGACCCUGCAACCCUCUGGACAUUAUAUAGAAGUGAGGAGGGACAAGCAGCUGUUCCUACAGUGCUUAUUUCAGAUGUGGGACCACUUGCCACAAACUGCAGGACCCCACGUUGAGAAAUACACGGUACAUUUGCACCAAGAGGAAAGCAAGGCAAACAGUUUUUCUUAGAGCAACUUUCUCCAUCUGAGACAUUUCACUAUCACAUUUCCCAACUUAAAAACUAGCCCCCACCCCCUUCCUUUCUCUUCAGCCAUUUCUUCUCAAUCUUCUGUGUUCAAGCCCAGCGCAGGUAAGUAAGGCUUAGGGCAGCCGCUGGCCAAGCACCGCGUCUUCACACACGUCUGUUCUGCAGCCUCUCGUCUCAGCACCGGUCGCGCCACGCUCAGUCUGGCAACUGCCCGAUCUGGAGACAGCCUCCCUCCUCACUUGUCCUGAAACAGUUUUCUGCUUUAACCACUGAUGUCAACUUAACUUCUCACCCUGCUCAUCUUACAAAACUGUUAAAUGACUUGAAAAAAAUACCCUUCCAGUUUCCUUACAACAUAGUCCACUGCUGGGUCACA